UGUACCACCGCGAUUCAUAUUGAGUGGAGGCCGUGUGUAUCUUCAACAAUCGGUGGUGUGUUGUCACCGUAGGAGAGGUUGCAAAAGUGGCGAUAAACCAGCAUCGAUCGCGCUGACUCGUCGCAUUCUCAGCCGGGCUCUCUCCUGGCAAGAGGUCGGGCCACGGGGUGUAGCGGAGAGACGCAAGAAGGGGGGAGCAGUGGAGGUGGACGGGUGGAAGCGAAAGAAGGAGAGUGGAAGGGAAAGACAACAGAGGCCGGAAAGAGAUAGAUUGAGAGACCGUGUGCGCACGUACAGGCCUUGCAAGGAAAAGUAGGGAAAACUCUCUCGGGGUGGGUGGGAGUUUAGAGGGUGACACCACAGCGAGCAAAAGACACGGGAGGCUCCAGUGGUGUACGGACGGCUGUUCGCGCGGACGGGGAUUAUUAGGCAGCCAGGAUCGAGGUGAUCGUCGAGAGAAAGAGAAAUAGAGACAGAGGUUAAAUACGGGUAAAUUUGUGGCGAAAUGGCGUGGGGUUAUUGGAGCGCGACGUCAGUCAGCGAUCGGGGUCGGUCACCCCGUCGGGAAAAGGAUAAACAACAGCAUCAAGGAUUGCAUCAGCAGCAGCAGCAGCAGCAACAACAACAACAACAACAACAACAGCAGCAGCAGCAGCAGCAACAACAACAGUUUCAUCAGACUGAACCGGGGAUCACGAUGUUAUACGGUGCACAGCAAGGACAGUCCGACCUCGGUGGUGUUUGUUCAUCAUCCGGCGGUGCUGGUAGUGCUGGUGGUGCCGCAGCGGAGGAACCACCCUGCAGUAUGAUGAUACAGGGUGGUUCCUUCUAUUCUUAUUCGGCGGCUAUGGCUGCCGCGGCCGCAGCCGCAGCUGUUCGUAAGAUACCAUCCGCGAUGGAAGGACCGUCGACCUCGUCCACGGGCAUUCAAGUUUUGCCGCGUGAACGACCGAUUAAAUCAAGCAGCAGCACUUAUCCACCGUCUCCCAGCAGCGAUUCCGCUGAGUACGAGCAACCUAUUGCCGGUAUACGUAGCGAUUGCUCGCCGAAUAACAGCCCCCGCGAUGAUAUAUUCGUGCCAGCUGGUGGAUCCUCGUCCAGAAUGAAGCUUCUCUGCGACAAAGACGACACUUCGGAGGUCGACCUCGAUGAGGUGGUCGCUACAGAGAUGUACGCGACCAACAAUCGAGCGAUCGGGACUAAUACGUGCCGUGUACAUGGACCGUGUAACCCGCUCCCGGAUCAUCCUGUAUCGUCUAUGAUCGACGAAACCACCGGAUCGUCGCAAUUUUGGUUCAACGACAUCACCUGGGUUUUUCCUAACGUCCCGCCUGCACCUGGAAUGCCCUGUCAGGGAGAAGACAGAAGCAUCUACAGACGCGGCGCACGUAGAUGGAGGAAGCUGUACCGGGUGAAUGGUCAUAUAUUUCAAGCGAAACGUUUCAAUCGGCGAGCGUUCUGCGCGUUCUGCCAGGAUCGGAUAUGGGGACUAGGUCGACAGGGAUUCAAGUGCAUACAAUGCAAGCUGCUCGUGCACAAGAAGUGCCACAAGGUGGUGCGGAAAUCAUGCCUGAGCAUACAGCAACAGCAACAACAACAGAUGCCGAGCACCGAGGCGCAGACGAUCGACAGGAACGGCGAUCAACAGCUUGAUUCCGUUCAGUGCAGCCCGGUCGCUCAUCUCGAGGAUGAGAUCUCGGACUCGCCGAUCAUCGAGGAGCAUUCACGCAAUCGAACCGGAAGCGAAGAGAGGGAGGAAUUGCCGUUGGAUACACUGAACGAUGCGGACAACACGAAUGAUAUGCAAAGGCAAUACUCGUUGAAUGAUUUCGAACUCAUCAAGGUAAUCGGUCGUGGUUCCUACGCGAAAGUAUUGAUGGUGGAACUGAAGCGUACAAAGAGGAUUUAUGCGAUGAAAGUGAUCAAGAAAGCUUUGGUCACGGACGACGAGGACAUCGACUGGGUUCAAACGGAGAAACACGUAUUCGAAACUGCCUCGAAUCAUCCUUUUCUUGUGGGCCUUCACUCGUGUUUUCAGACACCCUCGCGGUUAUUCUUCGUGAUCGAGUUUGUACGAGGCGGUGAUCUUAUGUUUCACAUGCAGAGACAACGUCGUCUUCCCGAAGAGCACGCUCGAUUUUACGCAGCUGAGAUUAGCCUCGCCUUAAACUUUUUACAUGAAAAGGGUAUAAUAUACAGAGACUUAAAGUUAGACAACGUACUACUUGAUCACGAAGGACACGUUAAAUUAACCGAUUAUGGAAUGUGCAAAGAGGGCGUUCGAGAGGGCGACACAACCUCGACGUUUUGCGGCACUCCAAAUUAUAUCGCACCUGAAAUAUUACAGGGUGACGAUUAUAGUUUCUCUGUAGAUUGGUGGGCACUUGGAGUACUUCUGUAUGAAAUGCUCGCUGGUCGCAGCCCGUUUGAUAUCGCGGGCGCGUCGGAAAAUCCCGAUCAGAAUACCGAAGACUACCUGUUCCAAGUUAUUUUAGAGAAAACCAUUCGUAUACCUAGGUCGUUAUCGGUUAAAGCGGCUUCUGUCCUUAAAGGUUUCCUUUGCAAAGACCCUACAAAAAGACUAGGCUGUGGCAAAAGGCCAACUGCUUUUCUGGAUAUCGUUGCACAUCCUUUCUUCAAAGCAAUUGAUUGGGAAAUGUUGGAACAGAAGCAGGUUACACCGCCUUAUAAACCACGUUUAGAUUCUGACCGUGAUUUAGCAAACUUCCCACCAGAAUUUACAGAUGAACCAGUUCAUUUAACGCCGGAUGAUCCGAGGGUGAUCGACAAAAUUGAUCAGAGCGAAUUCGAGGGUUUCGAAUAUGUGAACCCGUUACUCAUGUCUCUGGAAGACUGCGUGUGACAAGAACCGCUUGUUGUUGUGCAACGUCACAAUCAAAAUC